UAUGCAAUUUCCGUUCCUAUAUACCGGGGACUGCAAUUCUUUUCGCUCGCUGGAUCUUAUUUCCUUCGGAGCCCAUAGAUUCCCUCCAUUGGACCAGUAAACUUCUUCAAAUUACAAACUGUGCAUGGGGAAGAUUGGAGGAACUUCUUGGUUAAACGUGGUGAAAAAGGCUUUCACAUCUCCUGCAAAAGACCGACACCAAGAUGAGAAGAAGAGCGGCAAAAGAAGGGAUCAGGAACAUGACCAACAAGAAGAAGAAAAGAAGAGGGGAAAACGAAGAUGGAUUUUCCAGAAGCCUUGGUCUUGCGAAACAACAAUACAGCGUGAUGAAACCCAAAAAAUGAACUUGGCCUCAAAUGCAUCAGCCAAUAUGUCAGGCGCAAAUCUGGCAGGGACUUCUGCACCAGAGAUGGCCCAGCAACAAUGUGCAAUUGGUGUGGCUAUGGCAACAAAAGUGGCUACUGAAGCAGCAGUUGCGACGGCAGAGGCCGCUGCAGAAAUUUUGAGGCUUACUAGGCCUUCCAUUUCAGAUGGACAGCGGCGCGCAGCUAUUUUAAUUCAAUCAGCCUUCAGAGGGUAUUUGGCAAGACGGGCACUACGUGCACUUAAAGGGCUUGUAAAGCUGCAAGCCUUAGUAAGAGGCCAUAAUGUCCGCGAACGAGCAAAGAUGACACUCCAAUGCAUGCAAGCUCUUAUCCGCUUGCAAGCUCAAGCGCGUGAUCAACGAAAGAGGCUAUCAUGUGAAGGAUAUAUUUUUCGUAGUGAUGCUAACAGCAAAUGGGGACCUCUUACCACGGCCAAGAAGUCCAGGGAUGCAAGGGGUUCAGUUGAUGGUCAAUACCCACCGCCAAUGUACAUCCAUGACCUGUUGCAGGAAACAGAAGAAGUUGCUUCAAAACCUGGAAUGCAUCUUUCUCGGGCCUUCUCUCGACAGAUGUGGAAAACUGGCAAAGCUCAAAUUUCAGUGGACAAAGCAGCAUAUGAAGAGAACCCCGUAUUAUACGAGUCCUUUGACAGGAUAAAUAAGCAGCCCAAAGAAAUCAGCAGAGCCUCGUGUGAUGAAAAAGAUUCCGUUAACAUUGUUGAAAUGGACAGCAGCAUCCGACCUUGCACUUAUACAGCUCAGAAUCUCCCAACAAGACAAGCUUGCAAUUACCAGGACUGUCGACACUGGCCAUCCUCUUUCACAACUUCAUCUCCUCUCCAUAGGAUGUCCGAGUUGUCCAUCCAACCACCUGUUCCUCAAUCCCCAGUGAGAAUAAAACCUCUCAAAAUGCACUCAGCUAGCCCACGUUGCCAAAGAGAAGAGAGAUACAGUCCAGCAGCUCACACUCCAACUUGCUCCAACUUCUCUGUUCCUGCACAUAAACCAAAGUACAUGGCAGCCACGGCAUCAACAAAUGCUCGAGCUCGGUCAUCAAGUACGCCAAGACAAAGGCCUUCAACCCCUCAGACUGAAAAGAGGGGAUCAGCGAAGAAACGACUGCUAUUCACAGCUCCAGAUCCAUACAGCGAUGUAGAUAUUACUCCCAGAUGGCAUCACUCGUCGAAGAACCCCAUAUGUACCAACAUUGUGACCUGUGUUCUUGAGGAUCAGCAGAGGUCAUAGAUGUGUUCUUGAUGCACUGACGAGCUGAGAGACCUCUCCAACUGAUGGAAGUAAGGAGAUAGCUCAGAUCAGCUGAUCAAAGCCGCCAAAAUAACAUGCAGGGAGAAGAGUUCAGACAACUGCAACUUUAGUUGAUCAACAAAAGCGCGAGUCAUUGAUUUUCGAAUUGAGAGUGUCAAAGAUUUUCUGCAAGUGGUUUGGGGAUGCAUGUACAACUGAGCACUAAGUAAGUAUUAGGCCUGUUAGUGUUAGCACUCAUAAACUUCUCGAUUCUAGUUACUUGUUUCUUUUAGCUUUAGACUUUAGAGAGUGACAUGUGAAUUCGUUAAAUUCCUAACAAACCAAAGUUGUUAGA